GAGACCGAGACCGUAAAAUGGAGGCUAAAGCUUUGAUUCCUGAGGAGGUGCUCAUCUGUUGUUCUGUAUGUUGUGAUAUUUUCAAAGAGCCUGUUGCUCUAAAAUGCAGUCACAGCUUCUGUAGAGCGUGUCUGCAGAAGUACUGGGAAAUGAAGAGCACUCGAGAUUGUCCCAUCUGCAGGGGAGUGGCCCCUAUGGAGGAUCCUCCUGUGGAGUCCUCCCUAGAACAGAAGACUGGGAGAGGAACUGUUGACAAGAGUGAAGAUCACUGUAGUCUUCAUGGGGAGAAACUUCUAUUAUUCUGUGAACAUGACAAAGAACCUCUCUGUGUCAUCUGUCAGUCUUCAAAAAAACACAGAAACCACCCAGUCUGUCCACUGGAAGAAGCUGUACUGGAUCUGAAGGAGGAACUCAAGCCUGCACUUAAUCUUAUUAAACAAAAACUGGAGAAGUUCACUAAGAAUGAAGAAGAAUGUCAGAAAACCGCAGAACACAUCAAGAGUCAAACCCAGCACACAGAGAGGCAGAUGAAGGCAGAGUUUGAGAAGCUGCACCAGUUUCUACGAGAGGAAGAGGAGGCCAGAGUUGCUGCAUUGCAGGUGGAAGGGGAGUUGAAGGGUCAAAUCACUGAGGAGAAAUUAACACACAUUGCCAGACACAUCUCCACCUUUACAGACGAAAUCACAGUUAUAGAGACGGCCAUGAACACAGAAGGUGCUGUCUUUUUAAAGAGCUACAAGAACAUUAAGGAAAGAGCCCAGUGCACACUGCAGGAUCCAGAGCUGCUCUCAGGGGCACUGAUAGAUGUGGCCAAACACCUGGGCAACCUGAAGUUCCAAGUCUGGGAGAUGAUGCUGGGGAUGGUGCAGCACACUCCCGUGAUACUUGACCCCAAGACUGCACAUCCUGAUCUCUCUCUCUCUGAUGAACUGACCACUGUGACAUUCACAAACACAAAGCAGAAAUGUCCUGACAACCCAGAGAGGUUUAAGUGCUGUAUGGCUGUGCAGGGAUCUGAGGGGUUUACCUCAGGAAAACACAGCUUUGAGGUGAAUGUUGGGAAUAAAACCUCCUGGGAUAUAGGAGUGGCAAAUAAGUCCAUCAUUAGGAAGUCAGGUAUACCACUCUGCCCAAAGAAUGGAUUCUGGCUCUUAUCGCAUAGGAAUGGUGAUAUGUACAAAGCAGGAAGUAUUAAACUCACGCUGAAGAAGAAACCCCAGACCAUCAGAGUGCAGCUGAACUAUGACAGGGGGGAGGUGUCUUUCUUUGACUCCAGUGACAUGGCCCCAUUUCACACUUUUACUGACACAUUUACUGAGGGAGUGUACCCAUACUUCUCUCCUGGUUUUAAAGAAGAUGGUAUGAAUGACAUGCCCCUGAAAAUAUACCCAGCAAACGUUUCUGUGACAGUGACAUUGUCCGAGUGAAGAUAUUCAAUAAAAAAAAUAUUCAGUAUGCAUGAAUAUUGAUUUGGGAUAUACCUCGCGGAGAUGUGGACAUACAAAGGGGGUGCCUGAUAGUCUAUCAGAAGGGAGUAGAAAUGUACACAGAGGUAUAAAUUAUCCAUUUGAUUACAAGCCAUCUUAUUGCUACAUUUUAUUCUGUAAUUUACCUGCCUUGCUUUUACCUGAUAUGUUUCAUGCUGUAAAGGAGACUUCUGUGGCUUGUUAAUGUAAAUUGUUAUUGUUAUUCCAUUUCCUUGGCUGACAUUUAUUGCAUGACAAUUAAAAGAAUAAUCAACUUUAAUUAAAUAUUUGUAAUUGGCAA